AUGGUUGGGUCCAAGGAUCUGCCACCGUCGACACAAGGUUUUGGAUCGGUGUUUUAUUACAACCAGUUCCGAGCAAGGCCAAACUGGCCUGCGCGAGACACUUCCUUAGAUGGCAAGACUGCUAUCAUCACAGGUAGCAAUACAGGAUUGGGCUAUGAGACGGCCCGUCAAUUGCUCAAUCUCAAACUUUCUCGCCUGAUCCUCGCCGUGAGGUCAAUAGAAAAAGGGACGACAGCGGCACAGAAUCUCUAUGAUUCUACCAAAACAACGGCUAAGAUCGAAGUAUGGAAGCUUGACAUGGGUUCAUACAGUUCGAUUCAAGAAUUCGUGCGCAAGGUGGAGCAAAACUUGGAUCGCGUCGAUUUUACACUGCUCAACGCAGGUAUUAUGAAUCUUUCCUAUCGCAAGAACGAAAUAACAGGGCACGAAGAGAUCUUUCAGGUCAAUUACCUUUCCACGGCGCUGCUCACCAUUCUUCUCCUUCCAGUCCUCAAGGCGAAGCAUUCGUCCAGGAAGGAUGACACAGAUACUUCACCACCGCACAUCUCAAUCGUCUCUGCUGCCCUUACACUUGCCGCCAAAUUCCCAAAUCGCAAUUUCGACCCUCUCUUUCCGUCUUUCGAUGACCCUAAGCAAUUCAAUCAGCAGCAAGCAUACAACUCUUCAAAGUUGCUGGCACAAAUGUUCUUGUGGAAGCUUGUGGAUUAUGUUUCCGCCGAUGAUGUGAUCGUCAAUCUCGCAGAUCCAGCCUGGGUGCGUGGAACUAACUUAGCCAGAGAAGCCGCAGGCAUCGUAAAACUUGGACUAAAGGCGUUUGAGAUACUAGGUCGCACGCCGGAGGUUGGUUCAAGCUGCCUGGUUGAUGCUCUAGUUAACAAGGGCAAAGAAAGCCAUGGAUGCUUUUUGAUGAGCUGGAAAAUCCAUCCUUUUCCUGCUUUACUGUACGGCCCAGACGGCGAAAAGCUGAUUGAAAAGGUGUGGAAAGAGACUUUGGACGAAUUUUCUUCUGUCGGCGUAUAUUCAAUCUUGGAAUCUAUGAAGACCUAG